ACCCAUUUAUAUUCACGUCCAACUAAUUAAGUCGUUCUCUACAUGUUCUCUGCUAAAUUCUGCAACUCUGUCGUCUUCUUUAAUCUAUUUUUCUUGAUCUCCAAACAAAAAUGGCGUUCAAGAAAAUAUUUCUUUCGUAAAGAAAAAAGUUAUUAAUAGUUAAAGAAAAAGAUUAGUAUUGGAGGGAACUGUUUUCAAACGGUAAUCAACGGCUAACUGUUCUUCCUCAAAUUCAAAUCUCAAAACGUUAAAGAGUUGAGCAAGUAAUCUUUAUUAUAUAGUUACGGGUUCCGAAAAUGGGUAGUUCUUCGAAUUGUGAUGAUAGUCCUGAUCUUGGGUAUCAACCGUCGCCUUCAUCUUGCUAUCAAACCGAUACUCCGGGUUUUUCGACGACUAGCGGUGAUUCGUUCUUGUUUCGUCGGACUUUUUCCGAGGCGUCGACUUUUUCUGAUCCGGUUGAUGAUAAUAGCUAUUUAAGUGAUCAGCCUUCUCCUACUUAUUGGCCAACUAGUAAAUCUGCAGCUGGUAAUACUCCUGUGCUUGGAAGGUUAGGAAUGAUGAAGAACCGUAAGCAAUUUGUCGACGACAAGCUUGAUGAUCAAGAAAUAGUGGAUUCAGAGCUCGAGAUGAUGAAAGAAAGAUUCUCAAAGCUUUUGCUCGGUGAAGACAUGUCGGGAAAUGGCAAAGGUGUAUGCACUGCAGUCACAAUCUCAAACUCCAUAACCAAUCUCUAUGCUACUGUGUUCGGGCAGAAUCUGCGGUUAGAGCCGCUGAAACCUGAGAAGAAGUUGAUGUGGAAGAGAGAAAUGAAUUGUCUUCUAUCCGUAUGCGAUUACAUUGUAGAGUUUAUUCCGGCCAAGUCACAAAAUUUGAAAGACGGAACAGCUCUUGAGGUGAUGGAAAGCAGACCACGAUCGGAUAUAUACAUCAACCUUCCCGCAUUAAGAAAACUCGACGCAAUGCUCAUUGAAAUACUGGAUGCUUUCGACGAUAAUGAAUUCUGGUAUGCAGAACAAGGAAGCAUGUCAUCGAAUUCAACUCGAUCAGGUUCGUUCCGCAAAGUAAUUGUUCAGCGGAAAGAGGAGAAAUGGUGGGUGCCAGUACCGUGUGUUCCUCCAGGCAGUAUCUCCGAAAAGUCAAGGAAGCAUUUGAGACACAAACGCGACUGUGCUAAUCAAAUUCACAAAGCGGCCAUGGCGAUCAACAGUAGCAUUCUUGCCGAGAUGGAAAUUCCAGACUCAUACAUGGCGUCUCUUCCAAAGAGCGGAAAAGCAUGUCUAGGGGACACAAUCUACCGCUACAUGAGCACAACAGACAAAUUCUCCCCGGACCAUGUUCUAAACUGUUUGAACAUAGCCUCAGAACAUGAAGCUCUCGAGCAUGCAGACAAAGUAGAAGCUUCCAUGUACACAUGGAGACGCAAAGCGUGCCUAAACAACUCAAAAUCAUCAUGGGUAAUGGUAAAAGAAUUCAUGUCUGAUAUCGAUCGGAAUGACAAAAAUCACAUUUUAGCAGAAAGAGCGGAGAGCUUGCUGUUCUGCUUGAAACAGAGGUACCCUGAACUUUCACAGACAUCAUUGGACACAUACAAGAUUCAGUACAACAGGGAUGUGGGACAAGCAAUACUCGAAAGCUACUCAAGGGUUUUAGAAGGCCUAGCAUUCAACAUAGUUGCAUGGAUCGAAGAUGUUCUUUUCGUAGAUAAGUCAGAAGCCAAGAUGACUAGAACAAACAAGUUCAAGGGAUAAUUUUGCUUCCAAUUUAAACAGAUUCUUUAGUAACAGACUUCAAGCAGUCAGUUGAAUAUGUAGUAGCUUAGGUAACAUAUUUUUGCAAGUGUAUGAAACUGAAUUAAGACUUCAAUUAUAUUACUUAAUAGCACUGUACAUAAGAAUCAGUCAAUUUAAGUCCUUCUCCAA